GAGUCAAAAAGGAAACAAAAGGGAACAGAUGUUAGUUACCACUCCUCCUCUAAAACCAAAACCAAAACCCUUGUUUUAGACAGACAACUGAGACAAGAACUCUCCUGUCUUUCAUUUUUGUUUUGUUUCUUUCCAAUACUUAACCUUAAACUCUUUCACUUUAUAUAUAAACAACCUAAAAGAACCAUGCAAGAACAGAGAAAAUACCAUAGGGGAGAUUCGGAUAUUGGAUUUAAAAACUAUGAUUGUUCUUCUUUUUCCCAAUUACUCAAAAAAGUCAUGACUUCCUCCAAUUCACCAGGGUUUCAGGGGCAAAAUGAGAUGUUCCAACGGGACGCACAGGUGGGUACAAAACCUGAAGCAGACAGGGUCAGGUUAGAACACCAGGUUGAAUGUGCAAAUACUUCUAGUGAAGCAUUGUCUGUUACACCAGCUGCAAUAUCUGUCCCACAUUCAGCAUCUGUAACUCAAAAGCCAAUGUCGAAGUGUGAACUUGGACUAGUAAUAGACCAGCAAAAUUCUCACCAUGAAACCGGUCUUCCACGUGUUGUUAUGGAUGCACCCUUUGCAGAUGGCUAUAACUGGAGGAAGUAUGGCCAGAAGCCAGUGAAGGGUUCUAAAAAUUCAAGAAGCUAUUAUAGAUGUGUCCAUUGUAGUUGCUAUGCAAAGAAGAAGGUUCAACAUUGUUGUCAAUCUGGUCGUGUUGUUGAUGUUGUUUACAUAGGUGACCAUAAUCAUGAUCCCCCUCAUAGGAAAUGCAUCAGGGUUAUAUCAUCUGCUAAGCCAACUGUAGGCAGUCAAAUUGUAGACCCUUCAGUUCAAAAGCUAGAUGGGUCGGAUAUUUCUGUCUGUUCAGCAGAUGGCAGGCGUUCAUCUCUGCAUGUGCCUGAAUCAGAACAACAGAGUUCAAGCAGUUCUAAUGGAAAUGUGGGGGCUAAGAUUGAAGAGAAAAAUGGUGAUGAGUCAGAGUCAAAACGAUGCUUUGGUCCCAGGGCAGUGGAACCCCAACAAAAUGGCCCCUGUAGGAUUGCAGGUACCAAGGUUGAGGAGAAGCAUGGUGCUGAACCAAGGCUGAAAAUAAGGAUUAAAGAAAGAAGUGCGGCACAUUCAGUUCCUGUCUUGAAAAAGGAGCCUGAAAUUGCUGUACACACUGUUGCUGAUGAGGGGAGCUCAAAUGAUGGCUAUCGAUGGCGCAAGUAUGGUCAGAAAAUGUUGAAGGGGAAUUCAUUCAUAAGGAGCUAUUACAGAUGCACAUCGUCAGCAUGUCCUGCUCGUAAGCAUGUUGAGAGGGCUGCAGAUGAGGCGACAUCCACCACUAUAACAUACGAAGGAAAGCAUGACCAUGGUAUGCCAGCACCUAAGAAAAGACAUGAACAUGAUAUUCCAGUACCUAAGAAAAGACAUGGUUCAGAAAGUUGUCUGAUUUCCCCGGCUGCUUCCGUAGACAAUGCCUGCUGCAAGAAAAACAGAAGCUUAUCUAGUCGAAGGCCUUCAAGCAAGUGCUCGAUGGACAGUGAAGUAGAUAUAAUGGGUGAGAAGAUCUUGGAGCUUGGAGGUGAGGAGGCAUUAGAAUCAGCCCAAACUCUUCUCAGCAUUGGUGUUGAACUCAAGCCUUGCUGAGAAACAAAUUUUUGUAGUGGUUGAUGCAAAAUAUAGUAUCAUGAGCCUGUUUUUCGUGGAAAUUAUACAUACUUUAUCAGUUUGAGUUUCAAUGAAAAUUUGGAGAUAUUUGUUUG